CACUGUGUUGAUGCGCUGCAGCGGCGCGCGCGCUACACUCAGACCCUCUCAGACCGAGAGCAGCGCGAGACCGCACAGCCCUGAGAGUGUGAAACAGCUUUGUUUCUCAGUUUUACAGCGAGCAGAGCCUGACUGGAGGCUGCAGGUGUGAACAGCACUACUGUAAACCAUGCUGAGAGAAGUUCCGCGCGCGGCUGGACUCAGUGAGCGGUUCAGAAACAGCGCAGCUCCUCACGCGGACUCUUACAGCAGCAGCGCUCGAGCUGAGCUCAUUUAUUAGCCGGAGAAUAAGACUGGUCUCCUCUCCUGCCUGACUGAACAGUGGAGUAAAGUUGGAGCGGACUGCUGUUCCGUGCCCUGGACCCCCACAGUGAAGGAGGGCCUGUCUGUGCUGUUGUAUUCUGAGGGAUUUUAGCUACUGAACUGAGGGAGAAACACACACUGACGUCAGCUCAUCUUGCGUGAGCCCACAAGGUUUCGCCUUUGAGUCACGGGGUCUCAUCAGUCCGCUCGCCAUGGGCACCGUCCUGUCCCUGUCGCCGGGUCCCCGGAAACCUGGUUACUAUGACGACCGGCCAGGCUCCCUCAGCCGCUACCCCAGCUUGAGCAGUCGCUCGCUGAACUGUGCUCAGAAGGACCAUGGAGGCCUCAAGCGUGGACAGUCCAUCUUCCUGCCGGCUCUGACAUGGAAGCGCCUGGUGGCCUCCACCAAAAAGCGGGGCAGCUCUAAAAAAGCUUAUCCUGGUGGUUUGACCCAGGGUGCUGUUGGAGCGCCAUUAAACAACAACAACAUCAUCUACCAGAACCAGAAGGACCCUUCUGUCCUGCAUCUCAACCGAGAAAAUGUGAAGAAGUCCCUAUCAUGUGCUAACCUCUCCAACUACGACGGCCCAGCAGGUCUAGGCCUGGGGAUGGGGAUGGGCAUGGGGAUGGGACUUGGGCCUGGCCUGGUAGGCUACAGUAAACCACAGCAGCUUUCUUCAGUCAAGAAGGUCCCUCAUGGCACCUGUGCUGCUUCUCCAAAGCGUGUGAUUGUUCAGGCGUCUACCAGCGAGCUUCUGCGCUGUCUGGGAGAGUUCCUAUGUGGCCGAUGCUAUCGGCUAAAGCACCUGUCUCCCGCUGACCCUGUUUUGUGGCUUCGGGCUGUGGAUCGCUCGCUUCUUCUCCAGGGCUGGCAGGACCAGGCCUUUGUGACCCCAGCUAAUGUGGUGUUUGUCUACAUGCUUUGCCGCGAUGUGGUGGACGGCGACCUCAUUUCAUCAGAACACGAGCUGCAAGCCAUUCUUCUAACCUGCCUCUACCUGUCCUACUCUUACAUGGGCAAUGAAAUCUCAUACCCACUAAAACCCUUUUUGGUAGAAGCAGCUAAAGAGGCUUUUUGGGACCGCUGUCUGGCCAUCAUUAAUGCCACGAGCUCUAAAAUGCUCCGCAUCAAUGCAGAUCCACAUUUCUUCACGCAGGUUUUUGCAGAGCUCAAAAGCGAAGGUGGCUGCGGCCCUCAGGACUACGGACGUCUCUUAGACCGGUGAAAAAAGGAGAAGGAGUGACAUUGAAAGAUAUAAAAAGCUCCGUCCAUCAGUGCAUCUCCGCCAGCGUCUUUUUUUGUCCCUGUCUGAGUCCUGACCUAAAAAAUGAGUACCUCCUAAUACUUCAGUGGCGUUAAGGUCUGUAGGGCCACUUUAGAAUCAUUCAAUCACUGUCUGGUCUUCUGAGGCACUUGACCUUAUUUCAGCUUCAAUAUUGACUUUGCCAAAAGGAAGAUAUCAGGUCUGUUUUUGACCAGGAACUCAAUGCAGAAGCAGACGGACGUGAGGUGCCUUGAAAAUUAAUUAUAUAAAUGCAUCUGCAUUUUCAGUAGUAAUUCAGCGUUCAACACUGACCUCACGAUUUGCAAAAUGUGGCCAAAUUAUACUGGUGGUAGCAUCUCAUUCCUGGUGACACAGAAGAAGCACAGGAAUAGAGAAACUAGACAAUAGUAAUCUGCCCUCUGAGCCAGUUUAAGUCUAAAACUGUACCCAAGUCUCAGUCCAGGUCAUUUCAAGGCACUGAAACUGAACUGCGUACGUCUGACAUUACUUGAACGAUGGGUAGUGAGUCCACUCUGUCUCAGCACCUGCUCCGUUACGGUGGAAAUGCUAGAUUAGUUCACUCAUCCUGUGGCCUGAAUGUUAGCAGACUGCUCUGUCUCUGUGAAGAAGAUGGAUAUGUUUUUUGGGACCAUUUCAUGUCAGAUGAGGCGUCCCGUCUAUUUAUCAAACAGAAAGAGAAAAACAGAAGGAUUUCCUCCCAAGACAAGAAGGAUUACCUCCAAAGAAGCACAACAUUUUAACUAUAAACAAAACAAAACAAUAAUGCCAUAUUUCAACAAGAAAAAUGUGCAAAAAUGUGAAAUUGUAGCUUUGGUUAAGGUUUGCACUGCAAAACAGUUAUGUCUUGGCAGGGAAAUCAUUUCAACAGAUACAUUUGCUUGUUAUAUGUUAUAUACUGUACAUCAUUACUUGAACGGAAGUGAAUUUAUUAAGAUUAUUUAUUUAAAUUAGCCAAUUUAUCUGGAAUAUUUAUUAAAGAACUUGCUGAUUGAAGCAAAAUUGUCAACUCUUAUAAUAAUUAAUAUUACUGUAGAAAUAAGUUGAAUAAUCUAAUAAAAUAGUAUUCUUACAACAGUCUAUAUUAGAUAUAUAGAAUAUGUUUAAAAUGACUUCACUUGCCAAGAUACUGUUUUGUCCACUGUGGUUCGUUCUGUGGUUUCCGUUAUUAAACCAUAUUUUUUCAGGAAACAUUAGAAAGCUUUGGGCUGUUUAAUCAGCAGAAAGCUGUGCUCUUCUAUCCUCCAUCUAAUCUAAUAGAGAUUCCAAGUGGAAGCAGAGGGUGUGUAUGUGUGAACUCGGCAGUCAUCAGCUGCUGGUCACUGCCUUGUCCUUCCUUUGUUUCAUGUACCCGGCAUUAGGAUGCCGGCUGCUGUGGCAUUAACAAGAUUAAGAGAUUACCAUACACACACACACACACACACACAGUGCUUCUCCUUGCUCUCCAGUCGUAUGGGUUAAUCCACACUGCUUGGCUGUAUGUGUGUGUGUGCCCCAAACCUCUCUGGCACACUCGUGUGUGUGUGUGUGUGUGUUUCCUCCAGGGCAAAGAACUGAGCCGAGGUGAAAAUGUGUGCUUUAACAGGAAGUAACCGUCUGUUCAAAAACGAAAAGCCAUAUCUAAAGACCUUGAAGUUGCAUGCAAACUAUUUUUUUCACAGAUACACUUUUCUCCAGAUGUGUCCUCAUUGAAACUGGGGUUUCAGGGACAGAGAGAAAAUUUUCUUUUAAAAAACAUUCAGAACUGCUCUGAUCUUAAUUUAUUUAGUUCAGAUGUGUUUGUCAUAAUUUUCACAUGAAUAAAACACAUUGCAUCAAUAUAUUUAAGUAAAUGAUAGAAACUACACUGAUAUACAGUAUUUUGCUCAUGUGGAAAUAAUGCACACAUUUGAACUGAAUGAAUUCAAUGCUGAUUUCAAUCUAAAAAAAUCCACUUCAAAUCAGCUUCCAAACAGGCAGUUCUGAAUGCUUCCCAUAUUUGUGAUUUUAUUAUGUUAUUUUUUUUAAAGGGUCCCACAUGGGUUGUUGUAUUUGUACGUGUGUGAACACAGCACAGAUGAGCCCCUGAGCCAGAGGGGGCUCAGGGUGUGUGUAUGUGGGUAUAUGUGUGUGUGUGUUCACACUAGGGAAGCAUGCAAGCUGUGCAUGCAACACUCCGUUCCUUUCAGUUUCCAAACCCCUUCACAGCCCCUGCUCUGAAGCAGUAGAAAGUGAAAAUGAUAAAAAUACAGUCACCCCUAAAGAGACGUCUCAGCUGGCCGGCCUUCAGUCAGGAGAGAGAGAGAGAGAUUAUUCUGAGCCUGAAUCUGUUGGAAAGUAAUCAAAUGUAGACAUGAGUCUAUAAACCAUCCAUAAUGGAUUACGGAUGUAAUGUGCAUGGCACAGGCACGCGCGCGCCAACACACAAAUAUUUGUUUCUUAAUACAGAGUCAGGACUUGAGACUGUAUGUAUGUUGCUCCAUACAGUAUAAAAAAACCUUACGUUACUUACAUUACUUUUUUUUAUUUCUCUGUACUUAGUAAACAUUUAAUGACAAUUGGACUGAUAGAGAUUAGCAUAAAUGGCUUAUAUUAAUCUGUAUUAUAAGUUUAUUCAUUAUUUUAUAUGCAAGUCAUACAUAUCAGGAUGGCGGCAUUUAUCUAAAAGUAAUAAUACUAAUAAUAGUUUGUUAAAUAUGUUUUAUAUACUGUAUAUUGCCGCAAUCAAAAAUAGUAAUUUUGCAGGAGAUGCAAAAAACAUAAUUUUAAUAUAAUAUAAGUAGUAAUAGGUCAUUUUAUACAUUCUUCUUUUUUUAAUGCAUGCAAAAACAUCUCAGUGUACAAAAUUGACAUACAACAAAAUUCAAUUCCCACAGUAACAAGAUGCAUAUAGCAAUAUUUAAGACUAAUAUCUGGCAUCUCUACAUUACUACGUACAGAGUUUUUGCAUGGCAGUGACGGUAUAUAUAUAUAUAAGUGAAAGUACUAUGGGUAUAAUGAAUCACAAAAAGUGGAUUGUUAUUUGAUGUAUAUAUUUUUCAAUACAGCUCAAAUAAGAAAGCAAAGAAAAUGUGCCUUUUGUAGCAUGAUAAUGUUUCGAUUCCAGUUUAUCACAACAUUUAACAUUAAACAAUUACAGUAUUAAAACUAUUAAUACGGAGCUUUAGAGCUUUUUGAUCUAAAAGUUAAGUCACAAGCUAAUAUGCAACAGUAGCAACAAUACAAUGAUUCAGUGCAGUAUUUUCUAAACCUAAUCCUAAAUUUAACCAUAACCAUAACCUUAGGAACCAAAAAUAAUACAUUGAUUGCUCUUUCAGUUUUAGACAAAGGCACUACUUGUUAUCCUACAAAAUUAGGACACUGUGUCCUCAAAAAUGUACAAAAUCAUUUCGUACACACACACACACUCUAAACCCUCUCCUGCCUGUGUUUGUUUGUGUGUGUAUGUGUGUGUGUGGGAGGAGGGGUUCAGGUGUAUAGUCCAGCUGUCCAGUUGCAGGUCAGACAGGGCAGUCGAGACAGCAUGUGGCAGGACAGGACAGGAAGCAGCUAAUCUCAUUGUGCCUGAGUGUUUAGAUGCGCUUCCCCAAACCUGUUGUGCACAUUUCCACUCACUACUACCAUCUGUCCAUAAACACCAGCUCAAACACACAGUUUCAAAUAAUAUUCUACAGGCAAAUCAACCCAUAAAUGAAGCACACGUGCACAUGCACACAUUUUCUCCCACAUACACACAAACACACACACACACACACAGGGUAAUGCUAAUCCGUUAAUCCUUUCCUACCCAAUCGUGCAGAGAGAGAUGAAAAUGCAAUGCUAACAAGAUGCCAUUCAGGUUUAGAUCAGAGGAGAUUUAGUGAUUUAGAUUUUUUUUUUCCACACUCCUCUUGCCCUGGGCUGCCCCGUGCUGCCAGCGACCCUCCGAAUACACACCCCGGCAUGGGCACCGAGCCUGUUUUCGAUUAGCUGCCCGCUGGUGUAAUUAUGUAAUAACCCCAUGAAACAGAAACACUUAAAAGUCAGUGAGUGACUGGCUGUGGUAUGAAUUAGUAAAGUUGAAUCCAUGUUUGAACUCUUCUAAACACGCUGUAAUGCUGCACAGCGAUUAGUGACGGGAUCAGACUCGGAGCAGAGUUCAGCCCAGUUCGCUUCACAGUACAACUCUACGCUCCAGGGUUCUGGAGGCCUGGCUCUGCACAGUGCGCUGCUUAUCAAGAGAUUUGGAGCACCAAACUCUAGCUGAUAUCUGUUAGCUAGAAUCAGUUAGAGCAGUUAACAUCUAGCUAACAUCCCCUAAAGUAGAUGCCAUCUAGCUAGCAGUUCUCUGUCUGUGUCCAACAAAACUUAAGGAUGGUAAAUAAGCUUAUCCUGUUUUGGUGUGCCAGCUAGAGUAGUAGACAUCUACGUAACUUACUUCAGCUACAGAAGUUGACAUCCAACUAACAUUAGCUAGAGUCAUAAAUAUCUACUGUGAGUUAACAUCAGCAAGAGUAGCUGACAUUUAGCCAACUUCAGCUAGAGCUGUAGAUAUCUAUUGUAAGUUACCAUCUGCAAGAGUAGCUGACAUCUAUCUAACAUCAGUUGGAGAAGUAGAUGUCUAGCUGAUGCUAGAUGUAAAAUACUCUGGCUUAUGUUAGCUAGAUGUCAACUACUCCUGCUGUUGUUAGUUAAAUGUCAACUACUUAGGUUAAUGUAAGCUUGAUGUUAACUAUCCCAGCUAAGGUUAGCUAGAUGUCAGCUACUCUAGCCAGUGUUUGUUAGAUGUUAACUGUAGCUGAUGUUUACUAGUUCUGUGUCAGCUACUUGCUGAUGUCAGCUAGAUGUCAACUACUCUAGCUUUGUUAGGUAGAUGUCAUUUUUUCUAGCCAAUAUUAGUUACAUCAACUACUUUAGCUGAUGUUAGUUAGAUGUUAAGUACUCUAGCCCAUGUUAGUUAGAUGUUACGUACUCAAGCCGAUGUUAGUUAAUUGUCAACUCUUCUAGCCAAUGUAUGUUAGAUGUCAGCUAUUCAAGCUGAUGUUAGUUUGAUCUCAGCUACUCUAACUAGUGUAGUUAGAUGUUAAGUACUCUAGCCGAUGUUAAUUAGAUGUCAACUCUUCUGGCCAAUGUUAUUUAGAUGUUAGCUAUUUAAGCUGGUGUUAGUUAGAUGUUACCUACUCUAGCUGAUGUUAGUUAGAUGUCAACUACUCUUAUCUGAUGUCAGCUGAAAGCCAACUCUUCUAGCCAAUGUUACUUAAAUGUUACUUAAAUGUUACUUAAAUGUUAGCUACUCCAGCUAAUGUGAGCUAGAUGUCUACUACUCUAGCUGUAGUGGUUAGAAGUCAUUAGCUCAUCUGAAAAGGCAGCCUCUAGUUUGGGAAACAGUUUAUUAUUAGCUAGGUAUAGAAUACAUUUUAUAUUGUAUAAAAAGCAGUAAUGACCAUGAAACUUGAAGUUAAAAUUUAGAUAUUUGUGCUUGAAUUCUCACUAACCUGAUUUAAUCAACAACAUUGAGCAAAUUCAAAUUUCAAGGUGACCCCAAACUUUUGACAGGCAGUGUACAUGACUGUGUGGAAGCGUGGAGUAGGCGAUCCGCCUCCAGGCUGGGGUGAGGAGACCAGAGGGUUUUGUUAAGGAUAGCUUAUGUGAUGACUCAGACUAUAGCAUGCCUCUGGACUUUAGAAUUUAGUGUCUGUUCACGUGUCUGGCAGUGUCCAUUUGUAAACCAGAGAGCUUCUGCUGCUGGGCUGUGAGGUGAUGUGGCUGCAGAUUAGUUGUGACCCACUAUCACACACACACACACACACACACACAUUUACACGCACUGCUCUGUCCUAUUCACUCUCUCUCAACAAACACACCACUUCUUGUCUCGGCCUGUUAAACUUGAUUCAAUAUCCCCUCAUUGUGCCGUUAGAGCACAGACGAGACGGUUGUUCUUGGCCCUGGCUGAUGUGUAGCGGCUCUAUAAGGCCUGAAUACAAUUUGCAGUGUGAAACACCAGUAGCUUUGCUUCCAUUUGGAUUCUCGUGUCUGCUUAACGUUGACCCGGGCUCGAGCCUGCCUCUGCUUUAAAACUGUUUAUUUACUGUGUUUCUCUCACCAGACGUACAGUAACUAGCUCUGGAGUAUGUUUUCAGUCAGUAGCGCACGCGCUACGAGGCUAACAGCACAUACAUCAUGGGUGUUUUUGCAGAAGUUGGAAUGAAAUGUUGUUAUAAACACUGGAUGUCCUUGUAGUUUGUGAUGAGGGAGAGGCAGAACCUUGGCCCAUAUCAUGUUUGUGGAUGCAGGGAUAGAUGGAUUGAUCCUGCUGUUUACAUUCAAGAAUUGAUCUAUAUACAAAAAAGUCAGUCUCAUCUUUUUAUGACACUGUAUUUGUGGCUGGUACUUAAAACUUUUACAGCUCUGAAAAAAAAUAAGCGACCACUUAAAAACUAUGAGCUUCUGUAAUUUUACCAAAUUACAAUUUUUACCAAAUAUAAUCAAGAGGAAGAUGGAUGAUCAUAAUCCAUCAAACCAAGCUGAACUGCUUGAAUUUUGAAUAAAGUUAUCCAAAAGCAGUGUGUAAGACUGGUGGAGGAGAACAUGCCAACAUGCAUGAAAACUGUGAUUAAAAAACAGUAUUUCCACCCCCAAACAUUGAUUUCUUAACUCUUAAAACUUAUGAAUAUGAAGUUGUUUUCUUUACAUUAUUUGGGAUCUGAAAGCUCUGCACCUUUUUUGUUAUUUAUUUAUACAUGCUCUAAAUGACAAUAUUUUUAUUUGGAAUUUGGGAAAAAAGUUGUCUGUAGUUUAUAGAAUAAAACAACAAUGUUCAUUUUACUUAAACAAAUAAAUACCUAUAACCUAUAAAUUGCAAAAUCAAAGAAACUGAUUCAGAAACUAAAGUGGUCUCUUAAUUUUUUCCCAAAGCUGUAAAUGAGUGAUCAAUAUUGGUACUACUUGGGUAUGGAUUGAAAAAAAAAACAUUGGUGAUAUCUGCCAUCCCUGCUCACAAGUGCUGUUAGUUUCUUAGUCCUGGUGAUUCAAGAGAAAUUAAAAAUGUUAAUGUAACAAAAAAUGAAGAUUAAUAAUCAUUCAUGAGCCAUGUUUUUGUCAAGCUCUGCUAUAUUCUUUGUCAACACUGUCAAACACUAAACAGGAUGGUUGAGAACGGACUGUCUUCACCAAUCAAAUACCUGUUGCCAACCAGUCACACUUGACAGCAUUUGAAACUGUCCAAUGAGAAGCUUUGGGAGGACGCCCAUCACACUUUGGAUAAAUGGUACCAGAGACUUCAUAGACUGUUUAAAAAAUUAUCUUCUGAUAUUUAUCUGAAUGAAAAAGUGCAAUCUAAAGGCCUUUUAGCUCCAGAAAGAGCUUGAGAGAGAGUUUAUCUUCAUGCCAGAGUGGACUACUACUGAAGACCUGAAGAGCUUCUGAUGAACUCAAGCGUAUUUCACUCAGACUGCUGUUCCAAGACACAGUUGUCUCUGGCCUCGUUUAGAGACUCAGGAUUUGAGUGUUGUUCUUAAAGUGAACUCUAAUGUUACUCUAAUGGCCAUCGCUCUAUGAGUCGUGGUUAAUUUGAGAUUUAUCAAUGUUUUCAAUGCUGCUAAACAGAUAUAUAAAUAUAUAUAUAUGUAUGAGUAGAGUUCAAAUGUAGAGUCUGCAGCCGAGCAGAUUAGAGAGUAAAGUAGUUUGGUGUAAAUAUGUCGCUGUGGAUCAAAAACAGUGUAAAAACAGUUGAAAGUGUAAAUGUAUAAGAGGUACAUGAAUCAUGUUGCUACAGUGGUGGUGUGCAUGCUGGCCUAGUUCCUUUUAAAUGAUUUUUUUUGUUGUUUUUUUAUGUAAUUGAACAUUCAGGUUGAAUUUAAAUGUAUGUUUUUUUGUUAACUUAAAAAUAAAAUAAGGUUAUGACCAGGUUCUUAAAGCA